CUAUAAUCAUCAAGUAUUCAAGUAUCAUUAUAUCAUUUAUCAAUCGUUGGAGAGUUUCGUGAAGAACCACAACUGGCACAACUUUACCAAUUGCAGUACUAAAACACAUAACAGUAUAAGUGAAUUACUUAUUUACCAGUCAUACUGAUUACAGACCUAGUGAGAGUGAAUGUGUUAGUGGUCACUAUUCGGGUUAUCGGUGUAUGGUCGAGUUAAGACUAUAUACUUUCAGAUUUUUUGGUGAGAUAUGUAGUGCAUAACAAUGAUUAUACAUGAAAAUAUUGGAAUAAUGUUUAUUCACUUCCUGUACAUGACAUUUAUUUAAUAUUCAAUAUUUCAGUCAUAUCAAUUUGGGUUAAGCUGUAAACUAAAAUUCUGGAAUUUUAAAUAAAUUUAGUCAAAGUGUAAUUUAAUAUUUGAAUGUAAUGAGAUGAAAACAUGGUGGAGAACACAGUAAAAGAAUGGUUAUCAGAGUUCGCCUCAUUGGAAAAAGACGACUGGGCUACAUUUGCUAUAACAACAUCGCAAAAUAAGACACUUAUAGAAUCAAUAUUUGCUGUACUUGAUGAUAUUCAUAAAUAUUCCAAGUUAAUUGAUCGUAUUUGUGGUGCACUUUUUAAUUGUUAUCGAACUGAAGAAACCGAUUUACAUUUAUUUGUACUACUUUUUAUACCACACUUGACAUAUAGUUAUCUUAAUUCUAUUGCUCAUGUUGACAAGCAAAGCUGCCGUAGUAUUGAAGCAUUACUAAUUGGAAUUUACAAUCUUGAAGCUGUAGAUGAAAAUAAUACACCUAGAUUUAUAUCAUUUCGUUUGCCGUCAUUAGCUCAGCCGUCUAUUUACCAUGAACCUAGUAGUUUGGCACCAACUUCAUUAACAGAGACUGCCAUUCGUCGUUUAGAACAAAGAGACACACACCCAGUUCGCCGAGGUCCAUUUAAUCAAAUUGAAAGACUAUCUGCAUCUAACAGAAUGGAAGUUCUUAGUAAUUUAUAUUUCAUAUACUACAAGAACUUAAAUCUUCUGCCAGAAAUUUAUAAUCCAUUUGAUCGCUUUUAUAGAGUUACAUCUAAAAUGGUUACUCAGGGUUAUUUUAAUAAGCGUUCAACAUCAUUCAGUAAUUCUGAUAUAUCAACAUCGACAACAUUACCACGUAUCCCACUUUCUCCAAAAUUCUUAAUUCAUCUACUCUAUUGCUUGUAUAUCUCAAUAUUUAACUGUGGAAAAGCUGAAGCGUUUCAAACUUUAGAAGAUAUUUAUUACCGUGCAUGUUACAGUUGUUAUUGUGAAGUGAUAUUAUUAGCUAAUGCAAUUAAAAAUUCUUGUCAAGGAUUUUUUGAAGGUGGACAAUCACCUAAUGUGACAUCAGUGGGUACACCUGUAAGCAGUAAUACUUGUAGCACACCAGUAUCUAAAUCAAUGAUUACAAAUGCAUCAUUUAGAACUAAAAAGUUACCAGACGACAUUCCAAUUCAAAAUCUUCAAGGAACAUUUGAUGAAAGUGCUGAUGCUGUUGCAAAUUUAUCAUCAAUAACAGAGGAAACUAAUGAUUUAAAAGAUCCAAGUGCUGAAUCGGUGCCAGUUAAACGGAGUUUACCUAAAAUUGCUGCUAAUUUUGGCAAAAAAACUGCUGAAAAAAUAGCAACUGCUGUCAAAAAUUCAGGAAAUAUGAAAACUUCAAAGUUAAACACUCAAAACGGUUCAGACAUUUAUGAAACUGAUGAAAGUGGUAUUGAUUUAGCUGGGUCUGACAUAUCUGAUAGUAAAACUGGUUUAGGACAUGAUGACAGAACCACUAUGACACCUUUAUUAAAUAGGAGAAAUCCCAGUAUGUCUGUUGAAUUAGAUUCUUCUAGAUCAAUUCAGAUGGGUGUAAACGUUAAGUGUUACAAAGAAAGAUUCCAUUAACUUAUGUUAUAACCCUCAUUCUUCACUAUUCAUAUUGAUGGAGAGUACAGCGUUAUGACUUGCAAUCAAAUUAUUUAUUAUAUUGGGCUUAUGGACAAGGAAGUUUGGUUUGGUGUGAUUUUUCUUAAAAUGUAUCAAAAUUAUUUAAUAGACAUAGAAUUUUGUUGUGAUAAUCAAGAUUGAAUGUUUUUAUUAUUUUAUCUUAUACUGUAUGUACUUAAUUAAUUUUAAUCUUGUAAUUUAAAUUGUUAUAUUAUUUAUGAAUAACAAAUGUUAUUUAAAUUAAAAUCUUCAAAAAUUUAAAACAAAAAUAA